AAAAUGUUCAUGUCCUUCUAGGAACCUAUGGAUAUUUGUGUCAAAAUUCACAGAAUUUGAUGCCAGAAAACUACACAAGCUCUACAAGAUGGCUCAUAAGAAAAGAUCACAGGAAGAGGAGGAGCAGAAGAAGAAGGAAGACAUGUCCAGCAUGAAGAAGCCGUUCCGCCCAGAGCCUUCGGGCUCCAGCCGUGAUUCCGUGAUGUCCCAGUCCCACGUGCCUCACAAUCCUCAUUCCCAGAAGAUCCACAUGCCCCCUUCCCACACCCAGCAGCAGAUGCACGGGCACCCCCGGGACAACUACGGCCAUCCAAACAAGAGACAUUUCAGCAACACAGGUGAGCGCUGGCCGGCCAGGAGAAACCUUCCCUUGUGACCUAAUGCUCCUGGACACAAAUCCUGCUGG